GACUCUUCUUCUUCAGAGAGGAAAUGUUGCUUUUCUGAACCCCAUAAGUUACUAAGUGAACUAAAGUUGGGGCUACUAGAAUACCCCGUGCUUUCCCAUAACAAUAAUGCGCGCUUCCUGCGCAUUCACCACUUUUUCCUCGUGCGCCUGGAGAGGAAAUCAGAAGAAAUGAGAGGGAGAUGAAUCAGUGAGAGACUUGGUAAAUAACUUGUUGAAUGAGCAGCUCGUCCCAGGAGCACGUUUAAACGAUGUCGCUUGUGGCGAAAUAUCUCAAUUAACGGGAGAUCAAGCUGAGGCGUCUGACAACCGCUGACUUAUGAGGAGUGUCACUCCUCUCUUCUCAUCUCAUCUGACCGUCAGUUGACCCCGUCGUCAUCAGGACUCAACUCUUCUGGAGAGGCUUACUUGUCGACACACCUCAUCAGCCAAGCACAAGUGGUAGCAAAGGCAAAAUAAAUGAACGUGGGGCUAAUCGUUGCUUGAAGCUGCUGACACAUAAGUAGCAACAUGAAGCCAAACCCUUCACUUCACCGUUCAAAGCUGCAGUCCAUUUAGAAACGUUUUUUAGCGAUAUUGUUGUUUCUGUGACGAAGCAGCAGCUGUUAAGACAAACAAAAAGAAAAGAAGAAUUCUAGAGAAACCAUACAGAACGAGAUCAACGAUGCUUUGGCCCAUAUUGUUCACUCUACAAGCUGUCUGCACCAGCGUGGCACAUACCAUGCAACAUUACCCAGCAGCCUGGGGGCACUAUGACGUUUGUAAGUCCCAGAUCUAUACGGAGGAGGGCCUGGCAUGGGACUACAUGGCCUGUCAGCCGGAAGCCACUGACAUGACAAAGUACCUGCGAGUGGCCCUCGACCCCCCAAAUAUCACGUGUGGAGAUCCGCCAGAAACAUACUGCGCUUUGGAAAAUCCCUACAUGUGCAACAAUGAAUGUGACGCCACCACUGAGGAGCUGGCUCAUCCUCCUGAGUUGAUGUUUGACUUUGAGGGUCGCAACCCCACGACUUUUUGGCAGUCCACCUCAUGGAAGAAAUAUCCAAAGCCCCUGCAGGUCAACAUCACACUGUCAUGGAACAAGACCAUUGAGCUGACUGAUGACAUCGUCCUGACCUUUGAGUCUGGCCGACCUGAGCAGAUGGUGCUGGAAAAGUCGCUCGACUAUGGCCGUACCUGGACCCCAUACCAGUUCUAUGCCACUGACUGCCUUGACGCUUUUACUAUGGAACCCAAAACAGUGAGCGAUCUUACCCAGCGCACCCUGCUGGACAUCAUCUGCACUGAGGACUACUCCAGAGGCUACGUGUGGAAGAACGACAAGACCGUACGUUUUGAGAUAAAGGACCGGUUUGCCCUCUUUGCCGGGCCUCGACUACACAACAUGGCCUCUCUGUACGGCCAACUGGAUACCACCAAGAAUCUGAGGGACUUCUUUACCAUCACUGACCUGAGGAUAAAGUUGCUGAAGCCAGCCACAGGAGCCACCAUGGUGGACGAGAACAACCUGUCCAGAUAUUUCUACGCAAUCUCUGACAUCAAAGUGCAGGGCAGAUGCAAGUGCAACCUGCAUGCCAACAGCUGUGUGUUUGACAAGGGGAAGCUGGGCUGCGAGUGCGAACACAACACCACGGGGCCAGACUGUAGCCGCUGUAAGCGCCACUACCAUGGAAGAGCCUGGAGUGUGGGCUCCUACCUCCCGAUACCCAAAGGAACUGCAAAUAUAUGUAUUCCCAGCAAUCAUGGACCAGUGCAUCGAGCAAAUGCCUCAUCUCUUGGUGUUGCAAAUCGUAACCAAGCUCGUGUGUGUGACAACGCGAUGCUGCGCUGUCAGAACGGCGGCACGUGCCACCAUCAUCAGCGGUGCCACUGCUCCCCUGGCUUCACGGGCAUCCUGUGCGAGCGAGCGAGCUGCCAGGGCCCAGGGGAGUGUGAUGACCAAUUGUCUGGACGGGCCACUUUCCAUCAUCCACUGAUCACCUGCCACCUCGCUCUUGCCCUCAUAGUGCUCCCGCUGCUGACUGUUCCCCUUUGCUGAGAAACUGGACAGACCUCCCGUCCUCAACUAAACCCAAGGACUACAUAGGAUGAGACUUAACUCUCAACCUUGAGGACAUGAAGGGAAAAAAAGGACAUGUGAACAAUAAGCUCGGUUGGCAUAAGCAACUCUCUUGUGUAUCCACGGCCACAGUCCUGUGUGACGGUAUUACUCGUAAGGAAGUUAUAUGGAGAGAGAGAAGGAUUUGUGAUGAAGUCACUGCUGUCUUUAACAGUUGGAGUGAUUGUGUCAUUGGCUGAUGACUGAAGACGACCCUCUGAGAACAAACAUGUUCUGUGUACAAAUCCAAACAUGUGAUUUUGAAGCGUCAUCUGAAGUCAUUAAAAAAUAACAAUGUGGACGGGACAUCUUAAAACAUCUUGCCUUGCUGCCUCCUUCCUUACUCGUUACCUUCUUCUCUCCUUUCUGUCACUCUUCCCUUUCCUCUCUCACUUCCUGUGCUUUGGUGACUCUGGUGAUUUAUUUGCUAAAGGGUGUCUGUUGUUUUGCCAAAUGCUGCUCAUGUAUUAUUAUCAAGCCCCUUGACAAGUACCAGUGUAGUACGGUCUAUUUUUGUUCCUCUCUAGGAAGCUUCGCGGUCAUGCUUCAGCUCCACUUUAUGGAAAAAAAAAAGUUGUAACAUACUGUAACUGUAUUUAAUUUUUGUAUAAAAACAGAUAUUUUCAUGAAUACGCAAAGUGAAACGAUGUAUUACUUGUUUUCUAUUGCUGCCGACCUGUCCUAGAUGUGGACUAUGAGUGGUUGUAUCAUUUGUUUGCUUGUAUGGCACACGGUUCUCUUCAUACGAGAGCUACUGUUUACACACACUUAUACAAUACACUUCCACCAAAGGGAAAAAGAUACCAUGUCUUUGUCUUGUUGUUGAAAAUAGUCUUUUUAUUAUCCCGUAACAUGACAUUUGAAGAUGUGUACAGUUAAACGGUGUAUUGUUUGUGGGUACGGCCAAAUGAAAACAGCUGAUUGUCAUUUUAGUACUUGUAGUAGCAACAGACACAGUUGCUGGAAACAAUAUAUCAGUCAACAAAUAACUUCCUGGUUCCAUGACUAAGAUUGUUUUUCCCUAAUGUGCUGUAAUCCAUCCUUCUGGUGCUCAUAAACCGUAGGAGAAUUGGAAAAGAAUCUCAAUCCAAAAUUCCAUUAGCUUUAUGUAAAUUUAUCAACACGAGUUGGAAAAAAAAAAAAAAAAAAAGGGGAGAUUGCUUGGCUGUCACAGAGGUUGUCCAGCUCAAAUCUGUAAUAAAAUCUAAUCCCUGAAUCAAAUGGGAAGCGGGGAAGGUUUCUCGAAGCUGGUGAGGUUGAAAGCCUGAAUCCUGCUGUGAGAGCCCACAAGAAGCGACACGUUCAGAAAAUGAGCUUUAAUUCACCGAGGUUCAAUGAUUAGGAAUGAAGUUGCAUCCAACUGGGUGACAUAUUGAGCACUGAGACCAAUUUCAUUUGAGAGAUUAAUUUCCCUCCUGAGGUUGUCAUGAAACUCCUAACUGUGUUAGAGUCUACUGUAAGUGCCUCUCAUUAAAUGACACUGUCAAUGAAAAGGGGGAGCGAAGGCCUUUUUUGAGACUCGUGCCUCAGAGAGCAACUUUUGGAAACUCGAGAGGUUUGUGAAGCGGGUGAACGCACAGAAAAAUGACUCCAUAUACAUGGAUGUGAUUUUGGAGCAAAAAAAAUGGGCAUCUACAUUCAUUUCAGUCGGACAAUAACAAGAUUAAAGUAACACAGGGCAACAUUUCUAUUGAUGAGAUAUGAUAAAUGAUCAUCAUUUCCACAACGUAAGUAUUUCUCCUUCUUUGUCUCCUCAGCCUCUGAUCUGGGACGGACCGUUAGGUCCAAGUACGCAUGGACAACGUUCUGCUUCACAGUACACAGCGUGUUAAAACACGCCUUAGGCAGAGAUCGGGGUUAAGCCAAUGAAAGCAAAGUGGAUACGCCUAAAAAAUGAAAAAGACAGUUUGAUCGAGCGAGAGACAAAACGAGAGUUAACCUUGGGAAGGUUUUCAGUGGACAACGACAUGUGCUUCAAGAUGGUCGCACAGUUUGACUUCUUCCUCCUGGAUUAUUAAGUACGUGUUAACUUUAGUAGCCGGUGUUGCAUCACAGCUGACCGCUGCUUUGUUUUGGUUCAGGCAAGAAAAUGUAACUCGGUAAACACUUCUGGUGCCAUUUACAGUUCUGAGUGAAAGCACACGAUUGAUGUUUUUUGGUUUUGUAAUUACUGUAAAAUAUAAUCCUGCCGUCACUGCUUUUGGAAUGGAACUUGAGACUAGACUUUAUUCUAGGUUUAGGAGGUGGAUAUUCUGAUGGUCACAUUUGCUGAUUAUGUCUUCAGUUGUUUCACUCACUUGAGUUUGGCUGUAAUUCAGGUUAUUGUUUAUAUUAUUUUCAUAAAUAGCUGCUGGUUUUUAGUUAGUAAGGUGACCUCUAACAUCAGAUAAACAUUUAGUAGGCUAUAAUAGUAUUGACUGCACUAAACAAACACUGUUUUUCACUAAAAAGUUGUUUCAAUGUCAUUGAAUUGUCCUCUAAUAAAAAUGACAUAUUUCUAUUCAA